UGGUCAGGCCCCCGGCUUGGGGUGCCCGCCUUCCCCAUGGCUGGACACCUGGCUUCAGACUUUGCCUUCUCACCCCCACCUGGUGGGGGUGAUGGGUCAGGAGGGCUGGAGCCAGGCUGGGUGGACCCUCGAACCUGGCUAAGCUUCCAAGGACCACCAGGUGGUCCUGGGAUCGGGCCAGGGGUUGGUCCAGGCUCAGAAGUGCUGGGGAUUUCCCCUUGUCCCCCACCUUAUGAAUUCUGUGGAGGGAUGGCAUACUGUGGACCUCAGGUUGGACUGGGUCUGGUGCCUCAAGUUGGUCUGGAGACUUCGCAGCCUGAGGGCCAGGCAGGAGUGGAGAGUAACUCGGAAGGGUCCUCCCCUGGUCCCUGUAAUGCCAGGCCCAGUGUCCCCGUGAAGUUGGAGAAGGUGGAACCAAGUCCCGAAGAGUCCCAGGACGUGAAAGCCUUGCAGAAGGAACUAGAGCAAUUUGCCAAGCUUCUGAAGCAGAAGAGGAUCACCUUGGGGUACACCCAGGCCGACGUGGGGCUCACCCUGGGCGUUCUUUUCGGGAAGGUGUUCAGCCAGACUACCAUCUGCCGCUUCGAGGCCCUGCAGCUCAGCUUCAAGAACAUGUGUAAGCUGCGCCCCCUGCUGGAGAAGUGGGUGGAGGAAGCCGACAACAAUGAGAACCUUCAGGAGAUAUGCAAAGCUGAGACCCUGGUGCAGGCUCGAAAGAGAAAGCGGACGAGCAUUGAGAAUCGUGUGAGGGGGAAUCUGGAGAAUAUGUUUUUGCAGUGCCCAAAGCCCAGUCUGCAGCAGAUCAGCGCCAUUGCCGAUCAGCUUGGGCUGGAAAAGGAUGUGGUCCGAGUGUGGUUCUGUAACCGGCGCCAGAAGGGCAAACGAUCAAGCACCGACUAUACCCAACGAGAAGAGUAUGAGGCUGCCGGGUCCCCUUUCCCAGGGGGGCCUGUAUCCUUUCCUCUGCCCCCAGGGCCCCAUUUCGGUGCUCCAAGCUACGGGAGCCCCCACUUCACCACAUUCUACUCUUCAGUCCCUUUUCCUGAGGCUGAGGCCUUAACCUCUGUUCCCAUCACUACUACUAUGGGCUCUCCCAUGCAUUCAAACUGAGGCACCAGCCCUGGCUGGGGAUGAGGUGAGCUGA